CGCGAAUAGACCUGCCUGCGUCAGUCGGCGCGACGAUUCGUUAAAGUUCUUGCCGAAAGCCCCAAGUUUUUACAUUCCGCAACACCUAUUCCUUCAUUCGCGAAUAAAUUAUCAAAAUGAGUUCUUUGCAUCUAACAACUGACUCUGACAAGCCAGCAGAAGUGGAAGGUCUAGCGCGUCUAUACAGUAUGACACAUUGCCCUUUCGCUCAUAGAAUACGGCUUAUACUUACUCUAAAGGACGUUCCUCACGAUAUUGUCAAUAUUAAUUUAAAGAACAAACCCGAUUGGUAUUUCGAAAUUAAUCCGAAAGGAACAGUACCGAGUUACAUAGAUACAAAUGGCGAAAUAAUAACGGACUCUCUCUUAAUAGCGAAUUACUUGGACGAGAAGUAUCCUGAACCGGCUCUUUACAACGAAGAAACGAAAAAUCGUGACUUAGAAUUGCUGGACAAUUAUACUAAAAUUGCAAUUAUUUUUAAAAACUGCUUAUAUGACGAAGACAAGAGACAACUGGAGGAGAUUGUGGCCGAGAUUAUGGAUUAUUUGGAUGAAUACGAGCAAGAGCUCAAUAUCCGUCAAACACCUUUCUUCGGGGGAAGUAAUCCCGGUAUUCUGGAUAUCUUAAUGUGGCCGUGGGUUGAGAGGGCGAAAGCACUGCCGCUACUUUAUAAACAAUCAGCAGGUUUUGAUAAAGAGAGAUUUCCUAUGCUCAUGAAAUGGAUAGUCGAGAUGAAGGAACAACCGUUCGUUAAAGAAAAUAAAUCUUCAUACGAACAGUUUGCGGAACACAUAGAAACUGUAAGAUCAGGAAACCCCGAGUAUGACUUUUAGAUGUAUCCACGGAUAAAAUAGAGCAGAGACAAAUAAUACAGAUGUUCGCUUGAUAGAAAGUAACAAAUUAACACGAUAAUAUCGACAUUUACGCUUGUAAUGCGAAUCUCAAUAGCAUCCCCUCGCCGCACGAGUUACACAGUCAGAGAAUGUAUAAAUUGUCUCUGCGUGAGAAAAAGAGGAUUUUUCUAUAACACAUUACGUAUAAAAAUCAUUUUAUAAGUUGUAAUAAAAUUUAUUUGUUUUGUCAAUACAACAGUGAAGAAGGAGAAAGUUAAA